AUGGACAACGACAGCAGUACAGACAAUAAUGAAAACCAUAACACAACGCCCGAAACAACAGAUAUCCUGGAGUGGCCGGCAGCACCGGUAGAAUUCCCAUUCCCCACGGUGAAACCCUGGGGAUGUUUCGACGAUUCAUACACGAGCUCGCUCCUUCAAUUGCCCCCAGCGGACAGUGUACCAGAGUUGAGAGAGUUGGUCCAAAUUCCAAUGGAAUCCGGUCUCUUGAUAUCUCCCAUGAUGCACAAUGACCUAGACCAGUUGUAUUUCGACCGGGCAUAUGCGUUUGCGCCAAUCAUCCAUACCCACCGCUACCGAUCAUGGUCUAAACAACCAAACAAGAGCAAACAGAGGAUAUGCCUGCAGUACGCUAUGUGGACGUUGGCCUCGUCACUCUCCAGCCAGUUCCAUGUCCAAGGUUGCAAGUUAUACGCGAAAACGAGGCAGCUUCUGCACGAACUUGAAGGAGAGGAACCCUGCCACCAAAUCUCUCUGGAACAAGCCCAGGCGUGGGCCUUGCUUUCGAUCUACGAGUUAACCUGCCAGGACUUCCACCGAGGCAUGAUGUCCGCUGGCAGAGCUCUUCGCUUAAUUCAGAUGAUGAGACUAUACGAGCUCGACAUGCCUCGAAUACCUCACACCAUGCAGGUAGACCAGUAUCAAAGGCAACUCACCCCGGGCCAGGAGGACUGGGUUGAUAUCGAAACGAAGAGACGGACCUUUUGGUUUGCAUAUCUAAUUGACCGCUUCACGAGUCUGGUGGAUGGGCAACACAUGUUCUUUGACGAGCGGCUGAUACGAGCACGCCUACCGGCUCCUGAGGCAAACUUUGCAAGCAAUCGCCCGACGGACAUGAGUUUCCUCGCGGAUGUGGUCCCGGAUGUCAGCGUCGAGUGGCCACACAAUAACUUGUCGCCCUUUGCAGAGUGUGUCAUCGGGGCCACCAUGUGCGGACGGGUCCUUCAGCAUAAGCAGAACGCCCCGACCAAACCAUGCGAAGAGUUCUGCAGUCGACAUCGAACUCUUAAUGCAUUGCUGGCACAACGGAUUAGGAUGCUGCGAAUCUCCGCAUCACUGGAGUACCCGGACCCCAUCAUCGCCUUUGUUGCCCUAGCGGCACAGAUCGAUGUGCUUAUGCUCUACGACCUGAUUGAAUCCAAGCCAUUAGGGACCGGCGUGGAAGGAACGCAGCUUGUUCAAGCCCUCCAUGCAGAACACCAACAACAGGCCCUAGAUGCCGUGACCGAUAUCUCUCUGCUGGUGGCCGUACUUGGCCAACACUUCCAGAUGCACCCUUUGACCCCUAUCCUGCUCCUCUUGGGCGCCCGAUUCUCACAAUCUCACCCCGAGCUAAACGGUGCCUAUAUCAAGCUUAUGCCCAGCAUCUUAACAAUGUUGCAAGCCUCGACGGGCCUCAACAAGCUUGCACAGAGCUUUCUUCAGCUCUUAAAGCCCCAGGGCGACACGUGGUGUGGGUUUACUUAA